AUGAAUCAGUGUACGUGUGGUAAAACUUUCUCGCGGUCAGAUAACCUUCGUAGACAUAUGGGUGUCUGUAACAAAAGUCACUCGCGUGUGUACAUGUGUAAUAAAUGUGGGAAAACUUUCACACGAGAUUCUAAUUUAAAACGUCAUACAGGUAAUUCCUGUGAUGUCGCCUGUCCGAUUCCAAGAAAAAGACUAAGACCGAUAGGUAUUGAAGUGCUCGAAAGUGGUGUUACGAAACUAACACAUGCGUUUAAAAAUAGAAUAGCCUCAUACCGGUUUAUGACCCAAAAUAACAAAAUUAACUAUUUCGGUUUCAUGAAUGAUAUAAAACCAAAAGUAACCCGAAUUCUCAGCGAAUAUCUUAAUCAGCACACAGCGCUUAAAGUUAACUGUGAACUUUUUGCGAUGUUUUACAAACCCGAUAAUGGUAUUUCGGAUAUUAAGUCGAUGAAUACAUCAAAUAAAAUUAUCACUUUGAGUAGUGAUAUAUCCGAUGUAUAUGACGACUUUGCUGAAGCGAUAUUGACACAAGCAUCGGAGUUCCAGGAAAAAGAUUCCAACUGGGCACUUCAGGAAAUUAUAUUCCUAGAUGUUAAUAUUAAUAAAUUCAGUGCCAUUUCUGCUUCAUCAUAUAUUAAUCUUCCAUCGCAGAUUAAAAAGAGAAAAGCGAUUUUAAAUAUUCAAAACAAAGACAACAAGUGUUUUGCUUAUUGUGUGCUGGCAAGUAUAUUUCCUGCUACAGGUGACGCGACGAUGCCAGAGUCAUAUCCUCCAUGUGAUACACUUCUAAACUUUGAAGGUAUUGGGUUCCCGGUUAAGUUAAAAGAUAUUAACAAGUUCGAGAUUUUAAACAAUAUAUCAGUUAACGUGUAUGGUCUUCAAUCAUAUUUUAAAGAAAACAAGAUGCAAUAUGAAAUUGUAGGACCACUUUACUACACUCAACACCAUAAACCUACACAUGUUAAUCUUUUAAUGAUAAAUGAUAGUGAUCGGAGUCAUUACUGUCUCAUAACAGACUUGUAUCGCCUGGUAAAUACUCAAAAAUCAACACAUGAAGGAAAACAAUAUUUCUGUGAUGGGUGUCUUCAAACUUUCUCUACCUUUGAAAAGCUGAGAAAUCACCAAGAAAAUGAUUGUUUACAUAUUUCGACAAUACUUCCAACCAGUGAACCAAGAGUUAACAAGUGUGGUGAAACCCUUCCAUCUAACAUUCUAAAAUUCGUUAAUAUUGAAAAAACAAGUCCACACCCGUUUGUAAUUUAUGCUGACUUUGAGUCGAUUCUUAAGCCAAUAGACCAUUGUAAUCCAUCAGAUGGACAAUCUUACACAAUCAAAGUCGCAGAACACCAGCCUUAUUCAUUUUGUUUCUACCUCAAGUGUUUUUUUGAUGAUAGCUUAUCAAGAUUGGAAACAUAUCAGGGUGAGGACGCUGCUAAAGUUUUUGUUCAAAAGUUAGAUGCUUUAGCUAUUAAUCUAUACCAAAAUCACCUAAAGCAUGUCAAACCAAUGGUGCCUUUGACUAGUGAAGAAAACCAGAAUUUCCAGAACGCCAUCAAAUGUUCCAUUUGCCAGAAGCCAUUUUCCUUGUCGGAUACCAGAGUGAGAGAUCAUUGCCACCUAAGCGGUAGAUAUAGAGGAGCUGCACAUAAUUCCUGCAAUUUAAAUUUCAAGGUACCUAAUUUUAUUCCAAUUUUUUUUCAUAAUUUAACAAAUUAUGAUUGUCACAUGUUUAUUAAGGAAUUAAUAACUAAUGGGGAGUAUGUAUCAGCUAUCGCGCAAACUAAAGAAAAAUAUAUUACUUUUUCGAAAUCUAUUCUAGUACACAAAAGUGAUGAUUUAAAACAACAUAAUGUUUAUUUAAAAUUGAGGUUUGUAGAUUCAUUUAGAUUUUUAGCAAAGUCUUUAGAUAAAUUGAGCCAAACAUUAGAGUCUAGUCAAUGCAAUGAAAUAAGAAAGUAUUUCCCAGGUGAAAAAGAGUUUGGUUUAAUGCGCCGAAAGGGUGUAUUUCCCUAUACAUUUAUUGAUAGUUUCAUGAAAUUAGAUGAGAAACAUUUACCAUCGAAAGAAAAAUUUUAUGAUAAUUUAAGGGGGGAACAUAUUACUACAGAAGAUUAUAAGAGAGCCCAAGAGGUGUGGAAACAUUUUAACUGUCAAUCUAUGGGAGAUUACGGAAUGUUAUAUUUAAAGUCAGAUGUGCUUUUACUGGCUGAUAUAUUUGAAAAUUUUAGAAAGGUUUGCCUCAAAGAAUAUAAACUGGAUCCUGCACACUAUGUUACAGCACCAUCUCUAACAUGGGAUGCCAUGUUAAAAUAUACCGAUAUCGAGCUUCAACUUUUAACGGAUGUUGACAUGGUACACUUUUUUAAAAACGGUAUUCGGGGAGGUGUGGCCACUUGUACGAAGCGGAAAAGUAUUGCAAAUAACAAAUUUUUAAGUAAUUUUGACCCAAAAAAACCAGAAACUUACAUUAUGUAUUUAGAUGCCACCAAUCUGUACGGUGCAGCCAUGAGUCAGCCUCUUCCUUGGAAAAAUUUUAGAUGGUUGAGUGAUCAGGAAAUUGAGCAAUUUAAUGUUUUUGAUAUUGAUGAUGAUAGCGAAAAGGGCUAUGUGCUGGAAGUAGAUUUACAUUAUCCACCCAAUAUUCAUGAACAACAUAAUGAUCUUCCGUUUUGCCCCGAAUCAAUAAUUCCACCCAAAGGUAAAUAUAAAAAACUCAUUCCUAAUUUAUAUGAUAAAAAAAAAUAUGUCAUACAUUAUAGAAAUUUAAAACAAUGUAUACAAUAUGGAUUAAGACUAGAAAAAGUGCACAGAAUAAUAGAGUUCUCCCAAUCACUCUGGUUAAAAAAAUAUAUUGAUUUGAACACUUCUCUCAGAAACAAAGCCACAAAUGAAUUCGAGCGUGAUCUGUUUAAGCUUCUUGUCAACGCUAUAUUCGGAAAGUCUCUAGAAGCGGUUGAUAAACGGAAAGAUAUUCGCCUUUUAUCUCAAUGGGAAAAUAGCCGUGGAAGGCUUGGUGCAAAGUCUUUGAUUGCUAAACCAGAAUUCAACUCAUUAUCAGUAUUUAACGAAAAUUUAGUUGCAAUUCAUUUAAAUAAAACUAAAAUUAUUUACGAUAAACCUUUAUAUAUUGGUUUUUCUAUUCUAGAUAUUUCUAAAACAUUCAUAUAUAAUUUUUUCUACGGGUAUAUUAAAAACAAGUACCGUGAUAAUGCUAAUCUUUUGUAUACGGAUACUGACUCACUUAUUCUAGAAGUACAAACACCAAACUUUUAUAAUGAUAUGAAUAAAAAUCUGCACCACUUUGAUACAUCCAAUUAUUCGGAAAAUAAUCAACAUGGGGUACACAAGACAAAAUCUAUACUUGGAAAGAUGAAAAAUGAAUUUCCAAACACCACUAUUAAAGCAUUUUACGGUACCGGAGCUAAAGCUUAUUGCAUUGAGGCUGACACAAUUUUAAAAAAAGCGAAAGGUGUUUCCACACAUGUUGUUAAAAAUCAGCUACAUUUAAAUGAUUAUGUGAGAGUCGUUCAGAACAACGAAACCAUUUUUAGAAAAAUGUAUUUUUUUAGAUCAGACAUGCAUACUGUUUAUACCGAAUUGAAAAAUAAGGUAUCACUAACAUCUCGUGAUGAUAAAAGAUAUAUUAUACCUGGAGAUGUAUCUACUUUGGCAUGGGGUCAUCUGUUAAUUAAUCAGCAUGAUGGUAAUAUAGAUGAGCUUUUAUUUUUCGCGAAUGAGUUGAUAAAUGCUCCUACACUAGAUGAUUUAGAUAAUAUUCCCAAUGAGGAAUUGUUUCAAGUUGCAGCGUUUCAAUACGACUCCUACUUAUAA